GCUCCAGGGAAGGUGAAGAAGCCGACCUGCGAAGAUGGAGGCCACGGGCACUUGGGCUCUGCUGCUGGCGCUGCUGCUGCUGGCGCUGCUGCUGAAGCUGGCGGUGCCCAGGACCCGUGCCCGAGGCCACCUGCCUCCGGGACCCAGGCCACUGCCUCUGCUGGGCAACCUCCUGCAGCUGCGUCCCGGGGCGCUGUACCCCGGGCUCUUGCGGCUAAGCAAGAAGUAUGGGCCUGUGUUCACCGUGCACCUGGGUCCCUGGCGACGCGUGGUAGUCCUAGUUGGGUACAAGGUGGUGCAGGAGGCCCUGGGCGACAUGGCUGAGGAAUUCAAUGGUCGAGGAAUGUUGGCAAUGCUGGACCAGACUUUUGACGGUCAUGGGGUUCUCUUUGCCAAUGGAGAGCGGUGGAAGCAGUUGAGAAAAUUCACCCUGCUUGCGCUGCGGGACCUGGGCAUGGGGAAGCGAGAAGGCGAGGAGUUGAUCCAAGCGGAGGUGCAGUGUCUGGUGGAGGCAUUCCGGGACACAGAAGGACAUCCAUUCGACCCCUCCCUGUUGCUGGCCCAGGCUACCUCCAACGUCAUCUGUUCCCUUACCUUCGGCGUCCGAUUCUCCUAUGAGGAUGAGGAGUUCCGGACUGUGGUCCAGGCAGCAAGCGGGACCCUGCUGGGCAUCAGCUCCCCAUGGGGCCAGGCCUACGAGAUGUUCUUCAGGCUCCUAAGGCUCCUGCCAGGCCCCCACACACAGGUCCAGCGCCACUUAGGGACCCUGGCCGCCUUCGCCGCCCGUCAGGUGUCGCAGCACCAGGGGAACCGCCAGACCUCGGGCCCUGCACGUGAUGUCGUGGAUGCCUUCCUCAUGAAGAUGGAACAGGAGCAGCGCGACCCUGGCACGGAGUUCACUGAGAAGAACAUGCUGAUGACGGUGGCCUACCUGCUGUUUGCUGGGACAAUGACGGUCGGGGCCACUCUCCGCUACGCCCUGCUGCUGCUUCUGAAGUUUCCCCAAGUCCACAAGCGCGUCCGGGAAGAGCUGCAAAGGGAGCUGGGGGUUGGCCGGGCGCCGAGCCUGGGAGACCGAGCCCGCCUCCCCUACACGGAUGCAGUUCUGCACGAGACACAGCGGCUGCUGGCACUGGUGCCCAUGGGGAUGCCCCAUGCUCUCACAAGGACUACUUAUUUCCGAGGGUACACCCUGCCUCAGGGCACUGAGGUCUUCCCUCUCCUUGGUUCUGUCCUGCAUGACCCUGAGGUCUUCCAGCGGCCAGAGGAGUUCAACCCGGACCGCUUCCUGGACGCAGAUGGCCGCUUGAAGAAGCACAAGGCGUUCCUGCCCUUCUCCUUAGGAAAGCGUGUCUGCCUCGGGGAGGGCCUGGUGCGAGCGGAGCUCUUCCUCUUCUUCACCGCCAUCCUACAGGCCUUCUCGCUGGAGACCCCAUGCCCAUCGGGCUCCCUGAGCCUCCAGCCAGCGGUCAGUGGCCUUUUCAACAUCCCCCCUGCCUUCCAGUUGCUGGUCCGGCCCACUGACCACCAUUCCAGAUGAAGGAGGGUGCGUGGGGAGCUGGGGUGUCCCUUGGGGUGUUGUUUCCAGGGUAUGUGCGUGAACAGGGUGUCUGCAAGUACGGGUCUACACCCAAGACCACCAUGUUCACACGCCUACAGGCCUUCACCAGGCGGCCGUGUUCACAUCUACAGGUCUAUAUCCCAGGCAGCCACUUAAAAAAUAAACUCCUAGGGCUGGAGAGAUGGCUUAGCAGCUAAGGCACUUGACUGCAAAGCCUAAGGACCAUGUUUGGCCCCCCACCCCGAUCCCACGUAAGCCAGAUGCACAAGGUG